AUGGAAAUUGAAACGAAGUCCCACAAGGAUGACGACGAAUUCUUUGAGAAGAAUUUUCUUGACGAAGACUACGGUAUUAGAGAUGAUGUUCGUAAAUUAUUAAAAAGUUUUCCUUGGAUUUGUGGUGGAUACGGGGUACGAUGGGAACCCCGUCUAUCUUUGUAUGUCACUGUGGCAGCUAAAAGACAAAAUGAUGAAGAUGCCUUAAGAAAAGAAAUUGAUGAAACGUUUGGAUGGAACGCUUCUCCUUACUUUGAAUUUGAACCAGAACCAAAAGAAAAAUCGCAGUUUCGAUUGUUGUCAGACCUUAAAGUAGUAAAAAGAGAGAACGGUCCAAAUCCAUUCAGUGAAGAUAUUCAUGAAACAAUUGCAAACGGUUUUGUUACAAUGUUUUGUAACAAAGACAAGAAACACUACGCUUUGACUUGUUUUCACAAUUCAUGCAUUACUGACCGACAAGCAGCUGGUAACGAAUUCAAUUUUUCGCACAUCUGGGAAGAUAUAAGACAAUUAUGCGAGAAAAUUUCAACAGGAGCAAUCCCAGAUGAAAAUAGAUAUUAUUACGUUCCACUUUUGGGUGAAGAAAUAGAACUUGGAGCUCCUUGUUGUCGAUCAUUUAAUGAAAGCACUGACAUCAUGGCCAUUGAAGUUAUUGACGAAGAAAUGAUUACUCGCAACCCUUUCGUAAUCACGGAGACUGAUUGGAAAAAAGUUAAAAAUCAACUGAAGAAAAGAAAUGCUAAGGUUCAGAAACAUUUUGGAGGCGCUUUAGGAAAAAUUGUAGACAUUAGCUAUUCACACAUAUGCAGAGAAACCAGACGUGAAAUCUUUAGCAAUGUUAUCACCAUUGAAUGCGACCGUCCUUUUCUUAAAGAUGGAGAUUCUGGAAUGUUAAUAUAUUUCUACAAUGAAGACACAGAAGAACACAUACCUCUGGGUUACGGAGUCUGCGAACAUAAAAAAGAUAAUGGAAAAAUUGUCUAUUUAGCCUUUAGAUUAGACGUCGCAUUGAAAAAUCUAAACUUAAAAAAAUGUCUUUGGUACUUGCAGGCAUAAAGAGUGAUCUUAGUCUUAUUUAAUGAAGUUUGGGAUGAGAAAAGUUUAUAUUGAUGCUUUAUCAAAUGCGAAAGUACUUUUUCGUAUUCAUAUACAUCGAUUUAGGUUUAUUGUGUUUAUCAAUUACUUAUUUCUCUUUAUUUUAUUUUUAUCAUCAUUUUGGUGUCAUUGGUGAUAUGUUCAUUUUCACUGUCUCUUGUAUUCGCUAUUCACAUAUUUAUUGCACAAUUCUUGUCAUUAUAAUUUAUAUAUUUUUUCCCAAAUCCAUAAUUUUCUCUGUAAAUUUAUGAUUGGAGUUGAAAUUACGAAAUCUGAAAUGAAUUUCAGAUAGUCAAAGUUCAAUUCACGCAAAUGAUAAAAUUUUACCAAACUUUAACAAAUAUAUUUACCAUCUCAACACUAUAUCUUCAAUAUGUAAGUAUUUUCUGCAUGACUAUUGUUGUAGUUAAGCUAAUCAUUUUUAAACAAAUAAUCAUUAUGUACUCGCUUGCAAAAAAAAAACAGUCAAACUGAAGACAGCAUAAGUUUGCGGAAACAAAUUUAUAAUUGAAAC